AGAUGUUCUGUUAACUGUGAACUGUAUACAGGUUAGGACAUGUUGAAAAUGCCCGUCAUCAUCUUUUUUCUCACAAGCAACAGCCCGACAAAGCCGAGUUACAGAAACUUAUUUUACUCGAAAAGCAUCUUAACCGAUGUGCAGGUGCUCGAAAAAAUGGCGAUUGGAAGAGUGCACUGAGAGAAUGUGAUGAAGCCAUGGUGGCUGGAGCAGAUUCUUCUCCUCAGUUCACAACAUGUAAAGCAGAAGCCUUUCUGAAGCUUCACAAACUUGAAAAUGCAGAUUCUAGCCUAUCAAGCAUUACAAAGGUAGAACCUUAUCCCACAUCCUGCUCCCAAACAAAGUUCUUCGGCAUGCUUUCUGAAGCUUAUGUGCUCUAUGUCCAAGCUCAGGUUGACAUGGCAUUUGGAAGGUUUGAGAAUGCAGUUGCAGCAGCAUAAAAGGCUUGUCUGAUUGAUUUUAGCAACAUUGAAAUUGCUAUGCUGCUAUACAAUGUAAAAUUGGUAAUAAGAGCUCGAUCCCAGGGUAAAGAUCUUUUCAAUUCAGGGAGAUUUUCUGAUGCCUGCACAACUUAUGGGGAAGGCCUCAAAUAUGUCUUGUCCAACUCUGUGCUAUAUUGCAAUAGAGCAGUUUGUUGGUCUAAGCUUGAACUAUGGGAUGAAUCUGUAGAAGACUGUAACCGAGCCCUCAAGAUCCAACCAAACUACACCAAGGCCCUUCUUAGGAGGGCUGUCUCAAAUGCAAAGCUUGAACAUUGGGCAGAAGCUGUUAGAGAUUAUGAGAUCUUGGGGAGGAAACUUCCGGGGGAUAAUGAGGUUGCUGAAUCUCUACUCCGAGCGCAAGUUGCAUUGAAGAGAUUGCGGCUGGAGGAAUUUCACAAUGCGAAUUCCACUGGUGAACUGGAGGAAGUUUCUAGUCUUCAUCGUUCUAAAGCUGCAAUAUCUUCUCCCGGUGGGUGUGGAGGACAGCCCAGAACUAGCAAAAGCCGAAGGCAUAAGAACCGUUCCAUUUUCCAACAGUCAACGUUUACAAAAGUGGCGUCAAGGUGAGAAAGAUGAUCAGCCCUAGCGAUCAGGGUUUGGAGUCCUUUUUGAGGCAGCAGAGUUUGUAGAACAAAGCCCAAGGCCUGUUUAUUCAUGCGGCUCAAAUUCCGACAUCAAUUUCUUGCUUGAACUUGCAUGAGGUGGAUCACAAUGUCUUAGUCUUCAAGACAAAGAAACAGCAAAGAGAAAUAGAUUUCCGUUCAUAUCUAAUUUGUAGGUGUAAUUCCUCAUUCGUGGUUAAUUACUUUACUGUCUGCAGAUUCGUUUGACAUUUAUUUUCGAACCCAUUGAUAUUUAACGGCCUCAUUCAGUA